AUGGCCUCGAACUGCGCGGGGGGCUCGUCGGCGGGGGGCGUCGGGGCGGCUCUGGGCUCGGCCCUCAGCGCCAGCAAGACCAAGACCAAGAAGAAACACUUCGUGUGCCAGAAGGUGAAGCUGUUCCGGGCCUCGGAGCCGCUGCUCAGCGUCCUCAUGUGGGGGGCCAACCACACGAUCAAUGAACUGAGCAAUGUUCCUGUCCCUGUCAUGUUAAUGCCCGAUGACUUUAAAGCCUACAGUAAGAUUAAGGUGGACAAUCAUCUAUUCAACAAGGAAAACUUGCCAAGUCGCUUCAAAUUUAAGGAGUAUUGUCCGCUGGUGUUCCGAAACCUCCGAGAAAGAUUUGGGAUUGACGAUCAAGACUACCAGAACUCGGUGACACGAAGCGCCCCAGUGAACAGUGACAGCCAGGGCCGAUGUGGGGCCCGGUUCCUCACCACCUAUGACAGGAGGUUUGUCAUUAAGGCAGUAUCGAGCGAGGAUGUAGCAGAGAUGCACAACAUCUUAAAGAAGUACCAUCAGUUCAUAGUGGAGUGUCAUGGGAACACCCUCCUGCCCCAGUUCCUUGGCAUGUACCGGCUCACCGUGGACGGAGUGGAAACCUACAUGGUGGUUACCAGAAACGUAUUUAGUCACAGGCUGACUGUGCACCGGAAAUACGACCUGAAGGGCUCAACAGUAUCCAGGGAAGCAAGCGAUAAAGAGAAGGCCAAGGAUCUACCAACGUUCAAGGACAACGACUUCUUGAAUGAGGGUCAGAAGCUGCAUGUUGGAGAAGAGAGUAAAAAGAACUUCCUUGAAAAGCUGAAGCGGGACGUGGAGUUUUUAGCUCAGCUGAAGAUUAUGGACUACAGCUUACUGGUUGGGAUCCACGACGUUGACCGAGCAGAGCAGGAAGAGAUGGAAGUGGAGGAUCGGGCAGAGGAUGAGGAGUGUGAGAACGAUGGUCUUGGAGGCAACCCCAUUUCCUCCUAUGGUACACCCCCUGACAGCCCUGGCAAUCUCCUCAACUACCCUCGCUUCUUUGGGCCUGGAGAGUUCGAUCCUUCUGUCGAUGUCUACGCCAUGAAAAGCCACGAAAGUGCCCCCAAGAAGGAAGUGUACUUCAUGGCCAUUAUAGACAUUCUUACGCCAUAUGAUGCGAAGAAGAAAGCUGCACAUGCUGCCAAAACAGUGAAACAUGGGGCUGGGGCAGAGAUCUCCACCGUGAACCCAGAGCAGUACUCUAAACGCUUCAAUGAAUUUAUCUCCAAUAUCCUGACAUAGUCGUCUUCAGCCUUCAGCGAGAAAUGAAGAGAAGAGGGGCUACUUCCAAACAGAGAAUGCAGCCUGUGACACUAAAACAGACACUGUAGCAGCAUGUGGGGUGUGCAUGUGUGUGUGCGUGUGUGUAUGCGUGCAAGAGUGAGUGUGUGGCACUGUGUGACUUCAGAGAAAACUAAUUCUAGGUGCACCCUCCAACAGUCCACUUGACCCAGGUGGCAAAGUGGGUUUUUAUGUUACAGAAGUGCCCAGACAUAGAUUUGAGGGCUUUUUAAAACAAGAAAAGUGCAUUGUUUCAGCACUGCUCUUUCUAAUGACAUUUUCUCCUCUCUGAUCAAGAGAAUCCCAUAGGGAUAUGAUAUGUGGCACUGUAUAAAAGGGGUCGCUCUAGAUCGCGUUCAGUGAGAGUGAAGCAGUGCCUGAUUCCACAAACUACUACUUUUUUUUUUUAUUGGACUGUCUUUACCAGAAAGACAUACAAGCCCUUUUAUUUCCCUCUUGGUAGGAAUUGGAAGGAAAAUAGCUCACCAUUUCAAGGAUGGAAAAUAUUACUCUGAAAAGGAGGAGUCGCUGAACUUUAGGUAAAUUCAGACUGGGACACUUUAUAUUUUUUGGUUAAUUUAAGUAACGAAAACUUUUUUUGUAACUGCACUUGAUUUACAAGAAAGACGAGGGAAAUGAACAUCUACCAAAGAUGAUCGCUUAAAAAGGUGUAACUCCUAGAACCUAAAAAAAACCAGUGUGAGAAGUAGUAGAGGCAUUGAACAACCUCAGAUAAUAAUGUGCUUGGACCCAUUGUGCUUUAAAUUGGCCAGCUAUGAAGAUUUCAUAAAAGGAGAGAGAAAAAAAAAAAAAAGGCAUUUUGUACCUGUAGAUAUGCGAUAGUAUUUGACUAUCUGGAACGUUUCCCUGUCGCACCUCAGUCAGGAAUUGCCGUGUCUCUUAGAUUACAGCUUCACAUUGCAGUUCUGCCAGUGUUAAUCUAGCUAAUGUUCAGUCUUCCUUACUUGCCCGAUCUGCAACAGGUACUUGAAUUUGUUUCCUGACAGAGGUUCUUUGGUUAGUUGGUUUAUUUUUUAAAUGGCAAUGUGACUUGCACACGAAGGAAUUGGACUCGCUACCAGUGGGGAGUGCUGGGAGCUGUGACUGUGGAGCAAGUUCCACUGCUCAAGAGGACUCAGGACUUGAGCUGUGAUUGUUUUUACUCUUCUCUGCUCCAUACCCCUCUCUAGAGUGACAGUCAAGGAGUGGAAAUGUUUGAACACUUGCGCCAGAUUAUUUCCCCCCCCAAGGAAUUGGAACUGAUUUGCGUGACUGAAUAACGUCCUGUUUUGUCUCCAGAAUGCUUGUAAUAUUUUUCACAGCCAAGCUUGUCAGACUUGCUUUGGGUUUUGUUAGCUCUGCUGCACAACAGUUACAGAUCUUUUGGUUCUUUUUUUAAUUUUCUUUUUCUUUUAAAGCAGGAUUUAGAGUUUUGAACAAACCUCUUGCAGUUGAAACAUGUUGCUUAUCUGCCUUGAAACUGUUUUCACAUAUGCCUUUGUUUCGGGAAUAAGCUGUUUCGAAUGUCUGUCCUGUGCUGUAACGCGUGCUACAGUUUGCUGUGUGGAAUUUGGUCCUUUUGAGAGAUAACUGGUGCUCAUCACAUCCUGGUAAUUUCCCUAGACUAACGCUAGCUCUGGUCUGGAUUCUGAAUGUGGGCUUGGGUUUUCUUAUGUUCAUACCCACAUUCGUGAUAUGAAUCCCACAGGUCUCAACUUUGAAGGGGACAAAAGGGGGGCUAAUGUUUCAGCCCAUAAGAGUGCACUGUAAAUAGAAUCGUAAGAAAUCAAAAAUUAAUAUUAGGGGUCAUAAUGGGAUAUGAGUCUUUUUAUUCAUUCAUGGGUCAUUCCCUUUGACAUGGGACAAAUUUCUUCUGCCGCUGUAGUCCAGUCCCUGUUCUGUGUGAUGUGGGGGCUAACACACCGCUGUCUGGGAGGCUGCAGAGUCUCAUGUCUUAAGGUGUGUAGCUGGAAAAGCCACAAAACAAAUGCAGCUAUGAGAAUACUUUAAAAAAGGGAGGACUUAGAGGGUAUCAUCAGCUUAGUUUUGUGGGCAUUAUAUUGGUUGCUUUUCUCUUAAACAAUAAGCACUUAAGUUUACUAUCAAUUAGAAAUUAAAUACCAAUCACUUUUUAUUCGUGACAGUUUUAAAAAUCUGCGUUGAAUCUGCAACUUUGGCCUGGUAAGUUUGCCGUUCUCCUUUUGGGAAACUAGCUUGUACCUUUUAAACUGUUUAUCUUUAAAUCGUGUAUUUAAAAAAGAAGAGAAAAAGGGGGGAGGAAGAGAGAAGGAAAUUAGUGAACUGCAGACAUCCUGCACUGAGACACUACAAACCAAACAACCCAAAGAAAGUAGAAGAGUGAAGCUUGCAUAGCUAGGAGCAACAGUCUCAUUCACUGAAUUUCACAAACAGGAAUGAAAUUAAAAUGCAGUUAGUUCCUGCAGCAAUCUUUACAGAAGUCAUGAUGCUAAGGGCUUAAGAGCAGUUGACUGUAUUUUCUUAUUCCACUCCAGACAAACUCCUGCUAGAAUUAAAUUGGCUGUCUCUGGCUCAAGUGAUAUGAAAAGCCCCAUAAACUCUAUUCACUUUAGCACUUCCCCAAUUCUGCCACUUCUGUCAAGUUGCCAUACUGUGUGUAUUAAAGUAAUUAAAUGCAAUUUGCUCAAUGAUGUAUUACCCAGGUAUGUAACUUUGUUUAACAUAAGCAUUUUGUAUAUUGUUUACAUUUUGAGAGGUAGCAUUAUGUUAAAAAUGCUAAUUUUUGUUUCUAGACAGUAUUUUUAUUACCAGAAUAAGAAGUGAAGCUGCAAAUAUUUGAUUUGUUUUUAAAAGGGACUUUUUCUUUUGUUUUUUGUUGGGUUGUUUUUUUUUUUUAAUCUUGUUUUAGGUCACUUUUUUAACUCAAGUAUUUAAAAGGAAAACCCAGCCCUUUCAAUUCUGGUUUUACAGCUGCUUGUGCUAGUUUGUUGUCUGUUUCUGGUGUGAAUUUAGUUCUAGUUUGCUGAAUGUAGAUAUUUCUGUCUGUAGCAUGUACCCUGCGGAACACUUUACGCUGAAGUGCAUUUGACUGAAAACCACCCUCGGCUGAAAGAGUUGCGGUAGGUAGGCAGAUCACAGAUCCUGGUCAGAGUGCAGGAUUUUUCAAGAAAUUGCAGUGCAAUUCUUUGGUCAACUGGAGUUUCAAAAAGAAAAAAAAUUAGGUGUGCAGUGUCUCUUUCCAGUGCCUGAAGGCAGGGUGAGUUUGUGUGAGAAGCGAGCUGCAGGAUCCCUAGUCCUGCCUGUACCGAGGGUCUCUCUCUUUUCGAACAUGGGCCUGAUCUGUCAAAAUUUAAGAACUAAAGACUGCUUUGAACCUAGAACGUACAUCUUCCCCGUUGAGACAGCUCCUACAGCGUAAAUAAGAGUGGGAGAGGGAAGGCAGAGUGCGGAGUCACAGUUUGGGUGCUGUUCUGCUCCGAUAGUGCAAUAAAAACCACUCGAGAACAUGUUGGGUCACCCUUUAAGAGGAACCACGUGUUCUGGAGGUACCAGGCAGCACCCGCCCUUUGUGUCAGCUUUGGUGUCAGUGCUAGGAAGAGGGCCUGGUAUUCGCUGUAUGUAAGAAGAAUGUCAGCAGGAAUUCAAUUCUCACAGCAAGGAGCGGUGGGAUCCUUCCCUCUGGUCUUGUACACGCCUCUGAUGGACCUGGUUUUAAUUAUAAAAGCCAUGAUCAUGAAAUUCAUCACAGGGAGAACUUCUGGGGUAGUAGGUGACUCCAGAUUUCCUACAUAAACGAGGCUGUACUCCCACAUCCGAGAAUCUUAGUUUUGAAUUGGAUCGUAAUCAGCAAGGACACUAGAACACUUGAGUCUUCUUUCCUUUUCUGGGAGGAAACUCCUGCUUUCCCCUCCAGAGCGCUGCCACAGCUGCCUUCAGAGGGGACGCCAGCUGGGGACUUGCCUCUUAGCCCAAGAAAGACACAAAGCAAGGUUGUAUCGUAGUUACGGGCCGUGUUUGGUAGGGGUUGUGUCUCAGCCUCGACGGACGGAUGCCUCCCAGUCCUGUGACUACUAUGCAGUCUUUAUAGAUGCCUCCCUUCAAGCUGCACAGAGGUCAAAGUGUUUAACCUCGAGGUGGUACAAACCUUUCGGAAGUCAGUGUGUGUGUCCUAAACUUGGUUUGCAAUGCUGUGUAACCGAUCUGAGACAGAUCGUCCUUACAACAGCUCCAAAAACAAAACAGCUAUCCUCUCCCCGUCUGUGUCUUAAUGCCCCAUUUCAGGUUUGCUUGUCAACUUCCCCUACUUCUGCAGAGCCAUUCUCCAGUAUCCGUAUUAGCCACUACUGAUUUUCCUUGCUCUUUGAAAUGAGUAUCUUGUGUAAUAGCGAUGGCAAAGCUCGGGGAACCAACUGCUGGUCAUCCGUCAUUUUUAGUGGUUUCAGUUUUCACCACUCAGAAGUUGUGCUGGUUGUUGUUUAGCUGCACAAUGCUAAAUGCAGCUGGAUUGAGUUGUGUCAAGUGAGCGUAUUACACACAGGUCACAAGGGUGGGCAGGGCUAAUCAGUGCAACUGAAAAAAUGUGAAUAAAUUAAGUUUAAUCUAAAACUAAAAAAAAAAAAAGCAUUCUAGGUUUUUUCACUGCUGUUUUUUAAAUAGGAAUUUUAAGUCCUCUGUGCUUGUCUGUUUGCUAGGAGCAGUUUGAGACACUGUUACUGUUUUGAAAUGCAUGCAUGUUACAAGAUGAGUCUCCAACCAGAGAAAAAUAAAAUUAAAACUUUGUGUACAUCUGUUCCUUACUGCUGUCCUCUUUCAAGUGCUCUAAUGAUCAACUGUUACUCCGUGAGGGGAAGAGAGCAGCACUUACAUUAUGUGUACUACCACGCCCAUUCCAGAUAUGGCAUCUCUGUCC